CCACAGAGGUACAAACAUCACUCGGAGAGAUUUCCAAAAGUGGGGAUCUUGUUCCAGUGGGGUAUUUCAACAUCCAUUUGGCCGACAAGUGACUUAUACAAGACGUAUGCAAUUGCUGAAGUUACAGGGGGCAUAGCAGUGAAUUCAACACAAGAAGCUGUUGCGGACUUUAAAACCAAAGUGACUGUCAAGUGAUCCUAUCAGUCUGCGCACAUUCAAGCCAUGGCGACAGCCCCCGCUGAGUAUGUGAUACUUGAUAUGAAUGCUAAUGGGGACUCCAAAGCAGGGAUGAGAGAGAAAAGAAAGCAUCACAUUUUAGAUCUGUUAAUGUUAAACAGACCCCUGGUGGUUUGCCUGCAAGAAUUUGUCUGGACGGGUAUUCAUUCGAGCGCAUUUAAAGACAUUGAUGUUCCCGACCAUUUUCAGUAUGAAGGCCACAAAGAAGCAGGUUUCAUAUUUGAUAUAAGGGAAAUCACAUACUCGAGGAUUGACAACAAAACAUCAGUGCGAAACAUGUAUGACAACAUGGUGGAGAGCAGUGACAUGGCCUCGGACUACUUUGAGCUGCCAAGACUUUGCGUCUAUAAAAUACAGAGCAAAGGAGCUCCUAAUUUUGAGAUCCUCUGUGCCAGUUGGCAUGGUCCUCAUAAGGUGUCUACGGAGCAAAAGCAAAAGGCCCUUGAUACGUUGGUCAAGUUUCUUCUGAAACUGAAACUGAAAGUGGAAGAGAAAGAGAAGAAUAUUCCACUCUUGCUUGGGGGUGACUUCAACAUGUCAGCAUCUGCUGUGAAGAGAAGACUCCCUUCGAAUGGCAGUCUGAUGCUACACACGCCAGAUGACUCGUCUAUAGAUAUGUUCAUCGUGAGCUCUGAUAUAGUGCAAAUAUUUAGCAUUUCAGAAGUUGAAACCAUGAAAAGAAAUUCAGCAUUUGACCAUUUGCAUCUGAAAAUAUAUUUACUCCUAAAAAAAUCAAACAGGGGACGAGCAAACAGGGGACGAAGGGCCACAAGGUUCUGAACAAACAUUGCCACCAACGAAGAAGAAAGCAUCGCCAUCAGAGGAUGAAUCCAAACAGAAAACUAAAGGCCAAGAAGGAAUGAGCCCUGAAAAAAACCCAGAGGACGAAGGGCCACAAGGUCCUCGUGAAGAACAAACAGGGGACGAAGGGCCACAAGGUUCUGAACAAACAUUGCCACCAACGAAGAAGAAAGCAUCGCCAUCAGAGGAUGAAUCCAAACAGAAAACUAAAGGCCAAGAAGGAAUGAGCCCUGAAAAACAGAGGACGAAGGGCCACAAGGUCUUCGUGAUGAACAAACAGGGGACGAAGGGCCACAAGGUUCUCCUGAAGCGGAAAGAGGGGACAGAGGACCACACGGUCCUUCUGAAGAACAUACAGCGGACGAAGGGCCACAAGGUCUUCCUGAAGCGGAAAGAGGGACGAAGGACCACUCGGUCCUCGUGAAGAACAAACAGGGGACGAAGGGCCACAAGGUUCUGAACAAACAUUGCCACCAACGAAGAAAGAAAGCAUCGCCAUCAGAGGAUGAAUCCAAGCAGAAAACUAAAGGCCAAGAAGGAAUGAGCCCUGAAAAAACAGAGGACGAAGGGCCACAAGGUCCUCAUGAAGAGCAAACAGGGGACGAAGGGCCACAAGGUUUGCUACUCUUAAAGCUCUAAAAGAGCUACUUGGGACCAAUAUAACCCAGAAUGUGGUGUUGAUUCAAAUGUAUUUGGGAACAUUUCAUAGCAUAGGGGCAUCCCUCUCAUCCUGUAUGGAGGUAUACUGAUUCAAUAAUGCAUGUAGAGGAUUCCAUCAUACAUGUGCUCAAUUUCGAAUGUUGAUCUAUGCUGAAGAAUUGUGGGAUUGGUUGGUAACU